AUGAUCUCCUUCGUGAUCCCUGUAGCAGCAAUCAUCAUUUCACUUGCCGACGCUCCUUCAAUAAUCAUCUUCAUCUUGAACUUGAUCGCGAUUAUCCCAUUAUCAAUGACGCUUACAUUCGCGACCGAGAGACUUUGUCAAGACCUGGGUGAAACGGCCAGCGCUCUUCUGAACAUAAGCAUCGGAAAUCUUGCAGAACUGAUCAUAUUUGUCACGGCACUGUUGAAAAACAAUAUCAGAAUUGUCCAAGCAUCUCUUCUUGGCUCUGUCCUUGUCAACCUACUUCUUGUCCUCGGUUCGGCGAUCAUUGCAGGAGGAAUCCUGGCUCCGGAUCAAAUAUACAACACAGAUGUGACACACUCGUUUGUUGGAUUACUAAAUCUCACCGUGUCUUGCCUUCUGAUUCCGAGUGCUUUCUAUGGCAGUGUCAAAAAUAUCCACACAGCAGAUGAUAUUGCUCUGUCAUUCAGCCGAGGUGUUUCAAUUAUCCUCCUGGGAAUUUAUAUUCUCUAUUUGUUUUUCCAGUUUAAAUCCCACCCGCAUCUAUUUCGCUCUCACUCGUCUGGGCCACAGUGUCUUGGUAUCACCUCCAGUCGGAUAUCCUACAAUCACGAUUAUGAGGAGGUCUACUCGGACGAAGAAUCGUUCCCUGUACCCCCACAUACUGCAGCAACAAAUAUCAUCUCUCCAUCACAAAUGGAGCAGGUUCCAUCUCCCUCACCUCCUGAACUCCCAUUAUCCGCUCCGGCAGACAUGCACAAUGGACAAGGACUGCCUAUGGUGCACAUUGACACCAUGGAAAGGAGCAACUCUCCUUCUAUUCAGUGGGAUAACAAUAACAAUUACGAUAUCCCAUCAAAUCGAGAUGACCACUAUUGCCGAAACCAAGUUAUUGCGAAUCGCACAAUCUCCCUGGGCCUGUUAACUGCUUCAACCUUUCUCAUUGCUAUUUGCGCCGAAUUCUUUGCUUCAAGCUUUGAAGCACUCAAUGACAAAAGUAUCCUUGGUGAAUCAUUCGUCGGUUUGAUUAUCAUUCCGAUCGCAGGGAAUGUCGCGGAAAUUGUCACGGCUACUGUCGUGGCAGGGAAAGGUCAGAUGGAUCUCGCAAUCAGUGUUGCCCUGGGUUCUGCGAUUCAGAUCGGACUUUUCAUCACUCCUGUGAUGGUUCUAGCGGGAUGGGCUCUUCAUAAGCCUUUGAGCUUACAUUUCGAUCAAUUUGGGAUGGUGACUCUUGUUGGUUCUGUCCUUUUGGUAAGUUUCAUUAUACUCAAGGGGAAGACCAACUAUCUGGAAGGCGCAAUAUUAUGUGCUUGUUUUGCGGCUAUAUCGUAA